AAUCCGCCAUCUUUUUUUCUCCCCAUGUCAUAGGGAACUCGGCGGACGUAACAGCUGUGAGUGCGUCUCACUGCUUAUCCCUAACUCGUUUUUUAAACAUUAAAUAGUUUGGACACAAACGCACAUUUAUUAAAUAAAAUAAAAAUAAAGCAAUAUUCCGCAAGCACCGUUUUAGGAAGUGUGUAAAUACAAGUGAGUUACGACAUAAAAAUUAUCAAGUUAUCGAUUUUAUAUAUUUCAAUUCGCUGAAUUUGUUAGUGCCGUGCUCCAGGUUAUAAUUGUUGUAGUUACUUCAUUAUCGUAGAAUAUUUUAUAAAGUGAGGAGAGUGGGACGAGGUGGGAAAUCAAUAAGCUGUUGGAGAUACAAAGGGUGGUGCGAAAGUUACAGCAGCGGAUCACUGUUACACCAAAUCGUACACAGCGAUAUAAAAAAAUAAUAUUACCAUUUACUGCAGAACAAAUAUAAGAUGGCUGGUGGUGGAGACCCAAAAUGGCAGAAAGACGCGUCGGAUCAGAAUUUCGACUACAUGUUCAAACUCCUCAUCAUUGGCAACAGUUCUGUAGGAAAAACCAGUUUUCUGUUCCGUUACGCGGAUGAUUCAUUCACAUCAGCAUUCGUAUCGACGGUGGGGAUCGAUUUCAAGGUGAAAACAGUCUUUCGCCACGACAAACGCGUUAAACUUCAGAUAUGGGAUACUGCAGGACAAGAGCGCUACCGGACUAUUACAACGGCAUACUAUCGAGGAGCCAUGGGUUUCAUCCUCAUGUAUGAUAUCACCAAUGAGGAGAGUUUCAACAGCGUGCAAGAUUGGGUGACGCAAAUAAAGACGUAUUCAUGGGACAAUGCGCAAGUGAUCCUGGUGGGCAACAAGUGCGAUAUGGAGGAGGAGCGUGUGGUGAGCGCGGAGCGCGGCCGGCAGUUAGCUGAGCAACUAGGCGUCGAGUUCUACGAGACCAGUGCUAAGGAGAACAUCAAUGUUAAGUCUGUGUUCGAGCGCCUGGUGGACAUAAUCUGCGACAAAAUGUCAGAGAGCUUGGACUCUGAGCCGGCCAUGCUUGCAGGAGGAGCCCGCGGCCAGCGCCUCACGGAGCAGCCUCAAGGGAACACGAACAGCAACUGUAACUGUUAAUGUACUGUCAAUUUUAACUGGGCUAUGGCUUGUGAAGGAGCUGUUGAAUCUGUAGCGUUUAGCACUCGUGGUAGACGCGCUCGUAAAACUAAUAAGUCAAUAUAAUUUAUAUAAUAUCGUCGUGCACAAAAUCCAAUUUGUAUUGAGCCGAUACAUUUACGAGGUGUCUGGCGACCGCUCAGUCGUUUGCCUGUUAAAGCGAAUAUUUAUUCUGACGGCAUCUAGAAGUUACUCGUAUCGAUCAGAAUGUAACUCACACGACCUUGUUCAGGCAAUAGGACCAAUCAAUCACUCGUUAGUUUUGUUUCAUAACGUUAGCAUUAUUUAGCACCGUUGAAAAUUAUCUGAUUCUGUAAACGCUUUUCGUAUACGUACACAUAAUAUUCUGCUACGAGUGCUUUGUCCGCUGAGUUAUUUAAAGCUCUCUCCAAAAAGUAAACCAAUAUUGAGGAGAGAAUAAAUAAAAAAUAUAGUUAAUUUACAAAUCAAUGUUAUACAUUUCUGUAUUCCUAAACUGAAAAAAUAACCCCUUACGGCUCCAUAAUUAUGACGUUUUUAACCACUACUUACAUCAUUUGUCACAGGACAUAUUAGAUUUUAACACUUACCUACGAGUACCAUAGAAUUAACACUUAUUUGAACGAAAACUAAUAUUAUUACAAAUGUUAAAACUUAUGUGUAUCUAUAUAUAAUAUUAUUGAUUAUCUAUAGGUGUUAGGUAGCUAUAUAUAUUGUGAGCUGGAGUAGGGAUCUGAUACUUCUUAUAGCUAGUUGUUAACCGCCUGAUGGUUCCCUUCAAUUAGUUUUGCUCUCGUUGACUAUGUCUAGCUGUUUAUGUUUAGCUUGUAUUAAACGUUGUGUAUGGCGAUGUAACAUUGUUUUAAGGUUAUUAAAGUUAACAACGAGAAUAAAACAAUUAGAGAUUUGAUAAUCGUAUUAUAUUUGCAUUGAUCAUUACAUAAAUCAACUGAUUGACAAUCCGCUUGGAACAAUAACCGUGUCUCAUAAUAGAUGGUACAUUCAUUGUAAUAUGGGCAAAAACUACACCCAAAAUUGUAACUUGCAUUUAAAGUUUAGCGAAUGUUAGUAAACAUUUAUUAAAAUUCUGCUAAUGCUUAUUUUUUCAACCACUAUUCAUUUGGAGCAAUGAGCAUAGCUACUUUAUUCAACAUUUAUGUAUAAGUAGCUAAAUUAGUUGUUGACUUCGUUGUAGCUAAAAUUUAUUUUGGCCUGCAAUCUAAUCGGAAAUCGGGUACAGAUUGCUUGUACUUAGCGUUCACUUUGUAAAUACGUUAACCAGUGUAUAAAAUAAACUAUUGUAUAGUAUUAUAUCUACGUACUAUAUAAAUCUGUUUGUAUUCUUGUUACUACGCUAUGUUAAUACUAAAUAUAGGUGUUUAUUUAACCACUGUCGUUAGGAUAAGACAUUGUUUUAGUUGUGUCCUUUAUUUUCAUUGCAUAAUUUAUAUCGAUACUAAAACCGUCUAUAACGACUGGGUAUAGUAAAUAUAUAAUAUGUACUCUUUAAAAUUGUAGAGUACAGAUUUUAAAUUACAAAAUGUCAAAUACAUUACAUAACAUGACAGAGCAAAUUGAACAACGCACUUUUCAUUUCUCGAAAGCUGUGCAUCCAUCGUUUACUUAUACGUAACGUUUUUAAUAUUACAUUAGCUUUUUAGUGUCUUUAUAACAUGUUUUUUUAUAAGUAACGUACUCACUCAUAUUGUCGUUAUGGACGGAUCUCACAGUAUUGUGUAUGUAUAUGUAUUCGGCGUGUUUCUCUCAUGUGAAAAUUACAACUAGCUGUAUCUGUAGGCGACAUAGACAAUACGAUUUAUAUCAAGUUAUGUUGAAACAUGAGCACAUUUAUUUUUUUAGAAACUAAUCAUGUAUUGUUUAGAUAUUAAUUAAGAAUAAGUCAUCAAUUUCUUUGAUGUGGUCAAACCGAACUAUUAAAAAUACGUAUCUACUUCAUUAGAUGACUAUAUUUCGAUUGCUUGGAAAAGCGAUUUGUAAAAAAAAUAUAUGACGUCGCCAAAUUUAUUGAAACUAUAAUAGAGAUUGUCUACAGCAGAAUUAAAUUAAUUUAAACUUACAAUUAAAUCUCAUCUUAUGAUUCUUAUGAAUUAUCAAUAGAUAAAAAGGAUUAUGUUUUUAACAUAAUCUAGCAUCAGCUGUUUCAACACCUGAGUUUUAAAAAUAUUAAUUAAAUAAAACAGCAUGUGUCAAUUUGACUAAUAAAAUUACCUACCAACAAACUACGACGGGAAAGGUCAUCAAAAUAAAUUUAAGCAGUGGGAGAUGCUCUUUUUGACCGGCUGCAUAGCAUGAACACUCUUCAGGAUUUAAACCUUACCCUAGCAGAGAGAACAUAAUAAUUAUUUGACCUUCUAGUCAUUUAAAAGGCAAUGAUUUUGGUGAAAAAAAAAACUGUACCUAUGGAUAUAAUUUGAUAAUUUCCACACGUUAAUGCGUGGCGUGGCCGGUGGAAAUGGGCUUAAUAUAACAGUAGACGUUUCGUAUCUAGCAGUGUGUGUGAGUCCUGUAGCAGGGCGUGAAAGAGGCAUAUCGUAGUGACAGGCUUUAGUAGAUCGUGUUGAUUAGCAAAUAAUAUUUAAACCAUCAUAUUUUCACUAUUUUUAAGUAUUAUUUGCAGAAUAUAUAAACUUAAUGAACGUUUUUUCACACAAAUUUUGACUCGAUAAGCUGCAGGAAAGAAUUAAACUAGUAGUAUUCAUAAUUGUAUGUUAUAUAAUAUUUGUUGUGUGUUAAAGGAAUUAUUUAAAGAUACACCCGUGUAAAAGAUUCACGAAUAUAAUUAUAUAAAUUAUUAAAUA